UGGGAGGUGCGGGCGGUGCUGGCGAUUUCAAACCCCGCCGAGCAGCCGCCGGACCGUCGCCGGCCCGACCCGCCGGGCCCAGGUGAGACUCGCCGUCCUUGUCCCUUCCCUGAAAUUGCUGUAGUUAUAGAGAGAGCCUGAUUUACAAUGGGGGACGACAGUGAGUGGAUGAAAUUGCCCAUUGAUCAGAAAUGUGAACAUAAGCUAUGGAAAGCCAGAUUAAACGGUUAUGAAGAAGCACUCAAGCUCUUCCAGAAGAUAGAUGAUGAAAAGAGUCCUGAAUGGUCCAAGUAUCUUGGAUUGAUAAAGAAAUUUGUGACCGACUCCAAUGCAGUGGCUCAGUUGAAAGGACUGGAAGCAGCGCUUGCUUAUGUUGAAAAUGCUCAUGUAGCUGGGAAGACAACAGGAGAAGUAGCAUCAGGAGUUGUAAAUAAAGUGUUCAAUCAGCCAAAGGCCAGAGCAAAAGAGCUGGGUGAAGAUAUAUGUCUAAUGUAUAUAGAAAUUGAGAAAGGAGAGGCAAUACAAGAAGAAUUAUUAAAGGGUCUGGACAACAAAAACCCAAAAAUCAUAGUAGCAUGUAUUGAGACACUGAGGAAAGCACUAAGUGAAUUUGGUUCAAAGAUAAUCUCACUGAAGCCAAUCAUCAAAGUAUUGCCAAAACUUUUUGAAUCUCGGGAAAAGGCUGUUCGAGACGAAGCCAAACUCCUUGCUGUGGAAAUUUACCGUUGGAUAAGGGAUGCUUUGAGACCUCCAUUGCAGAACAUAAAUUCUGUUCAGCUAAAAGAGCUGGAAGAAGAAUGGAUCAAAGUGUCAUCUGCUGCUCCUAAGCAGACCAGGUUCCUGCGUUCCCAACAGGAGCUGAAAGCAAAAUUUGAGCAGCAGCAGGGACUUGGAGGAGAUGCAGAUGGAGGAGAUGAUGAUGAGGAAGAGGCGGUACCACAAGUAGAUGCAUAUGAGUUGCUUGAAGCUGUAGAAAUUCUUUCCAAGCUUCCCAAAGACUUCUAUGAGAAAAUAGAAGCAAAAAAAUGGCAAGAAAGGAAAGAGGCUCUGGAGGCUGUUGAAUUGCUAGUGAAAAAUCCCAAGCUGGAAUCAGGAGACUAUGCAGACUUGGUGAAAGCGCUCAAAAAGGUUGUUGGAAAGGAUACAAAUGUUAUGUUAGUUGCUUUGGCUGCCAAAUGCCUUGCUGGACUAGCUACAGGCCUCCGAAAGAAAUUUGGACAGUAUGCAGGGCAUGUUGUUCCAACAAUCCUGGAGAAGUUCAAAGAGAAGAAGCCCCAGGUAGUGCAGGCGCUGCAGGAGGCCAUUGAUGCAAUCUUUCUUACAACCACAUUACAGAACAUAAGUGAAGAUAUUUUGGCAGUCAUGGACAACAAAAACCCAACGAUUAAGCAACAAACAUCCCUUUUCAUUGCAAGAAGCUUCCGCCACUGCACCCCUUCGACUCUGCCAAAAAGCCUGUUAAAACCUUUCUGUGCUGCACUUCUCAAGCAUAUCAAUGAUUCUGCACCUGAAGUAAGAGAUGCUGGAUUUGAAGCAUUAGGCACUGCCUUGAAAGUAGCUGGAGAGAAAGCUGUGAAUCCAUUUCUAGCAGAUGUGGACAAACUAAAGCUUGAUCGGAUUAAAGAGUGUGCUGAAAAGGUAGAAUUGGUUUAUGGUAAAAAAGCAGGAGGAGCAGCUGAGAAAAAAGAAGGCAAGCCUAUUACUGGAAAGACCACUGCUGUUCCAGGGCCUGCAGGAGAUAAAGAAACAAAAGAUGCAGCAACCAAACCAGGACCGCCAAAAAAAGCAUCUGCAGUGAAGGGUGGGGUCCCACCAAAGAAAGGAAAACCAGCUAUGGCUGCAGGUACAGGAGGUGCUGGGCCUAAAGGCAAGAAGGGUCCUGAGACGAAAGAAAUCUUUGAGUCGGAGCUCUCAAUAGAAGUAUGUGAAGAGAAAGCUGCUGCUGUCCUUCCAGCUUCUUGUAUCCAGCAGUUGGACAGUGGUAACUGGAAAGAGAGGCUUGCCUGCAUGGAAGAGUUUCAGAAGGCUGUUGAGCUUAUGGAAAGAAGUGAAAUGCCUUGCCAAGCCCUAGUAAGGAUGCUGGCCAAGAAACCUGGUUGGAAGGAAACAAAUUUUCAGGUGAUGCAGAUGAAACUGCAUAUAGUUGCAUUAAUUGCACAGAAAGGAAACUUCUCCAAAACUUCAGCACAGGUUGUGCUGGAUGGUCUUGUAGACAAGGUUGGUGAUGUGAAAUGUGGAACUAAUGCAAAAGAGGCCAUGACAGCAAUAGCAGAAGCAUGUCAGUUGCCAUGGACUGCUGAGCAGGUUGUGGCUAUGGCUUUCUCUCAAAAGAAUCCUAAAAACCAGUCAGAAACUUUGAACUGGCUUUCAAAUGCAAUUAAAGAGUUUGGCUUUUCUGGAUUGAAUGUCAAAGCUUUCAUCAGUAAUGUGAAGACAGCUCUUGCUGCAACUAAUCCAGCUGUGAGGACUUCUGCCAUUACAUUGCUGGGAGUAAUGUAUCUUUAUGUGGGACCUUCUCUGCGAAUGUUUUUUGAAGAUGAGAAGCCAGCCCUUCUCUCUCAGAUAGAUGCAGAAUUUGAAAAGAUGCAAGGACAGACAGCACCAGCUCCAACUCGUGGCAUUUCCAGGCACAGCGUGGGAGGUGGGGAUGAUGGUGAAGAAGAAGAACAGGAGGAGGUCGGCAAUGAUGUUGUGGAUCUCUUGCCAAGAACAGAUAUUGGUGAUAAGAUCACAGCGGAACUAGUGUCUAAGAUUGGAGAUAAAAAUUGGAAGAUUAGAAAAGAAGGUCUGGAUGAAGUGACAAGCAUAAUAAAUGAAGCAAAGUUCAUACAGCCAAACAUAGGAGAACUUCCAGCUGCUCUGAAGGGUCGUCUCAAUGACUCCAAUAAAAUCUUGGUGCAGCAAACACUGAGCAUUCUUCAGCAACUAGCAACAGCAAUGGGCCCCAAUAUCAAACAGUAUGUGAAAAAUUUGGGGAUUCCUGUCAUUACAGUCCUAGGAGAUAGUAAGAAUAACGUUCGUGCUGCUGCACUGGCAACUGUGAAUGCCUGGGCCGAACAAACUGGGAUGAAAGAAUGGUUGGAAGGGGAAGACCUGUCAGAAGAGCUCAAAAAAGAAAAUCCUUUCCUUCGACAAGAGCUUCUUGGUUGGUUGGCUGAGAAGUUGCCUGCUGUCCGUUCUGUUCCUUCUGACCUGCUCUUGUGUGUGCCUCACCUGUACUCCUGCCUUGAAGAUCGAAACGGGGAUGUGCGCAAAAAGGCACAGGAUGCCCUGCCAUUCUUCAUGAUGCAUCUGGGCUUUGAGAAGAUGGCAAAAGCCACUGGCAAGCUGAAGCCAACUUCCAAAGACCAGGUACUGGCCAUGCUGGAGAAAGCCAAAGCCAACAUGCCAGCCAAACCAGCUCCUCCUGCUAAAGCAUCUUCCAGAGUGGUAGGAGGAGCAGCUCCAGCCAAAUUCCAACCUGCAUCAGCAUUUGCUGAUGAUUUGGGGUCUAAUACUGUAGAAUCCAAGCCUGAUCUCAAAAAAGCCAAAGCAGGAGGACUCUCCUCUAAAACUAAGCAGUCAGAUGUUAAUAGCAAUAUGUCCAAGGGUAAUGCCCGCCUGUCCAAAGCUAAUACAAGCCUCAGCAAGGGCAGUUCAAGUCUGACAAAGAGCCAGUCUGUCAAACAGGUACAGGGAAAGAAGGUGCUAAGCAAGCCUAGUCUGAAGGAAGAGGACGAUAAAUCAGGCCCUAUUUUUAUCAUUGUCCCAAAUGGGAAGGAGCAGAGGAUGAGAGAAGAGAAAGCUCUGAAGGUGUUAAAGUGGAAUUUCACUACUCCCCGUGAUGAAUAUAUUGAACAGCUGAAAACUCAGAUGUCCACUUGUGUCGCCAAAUGGCUACAGGAUGAGAUGUUUCAUGCAGACUUCCAGCACCACAACAAAGCACUGUCUGUUAUGAUUGAGCACUUGGAGAGUGAAAAAGAUGGAGUCAUCAGCUGCCUGGAUUUGAUCCUAAAAUGGCUUACCCUGCGGUUCUUUGAUACCAAUACAAGUGUUUUGAUGAAAGCACUUGAAUACCUUAAAUUGCUUUUCAAUUUGCUGAGUCAAGAGGAGUAUCACCUCACCGAAAAUGAAGCAUCUUCUUUCAUCCCAUAUCUUAUCCUAAAGGUAGGAGAACCGAAAGAUGUCAUCCGUAAGGAUGUACGUGCCAUUCUGAACAGAAUGUGCCUCAUCUAUCCAGCCAGCAAGAUGUUCCCUUUCAUCAUGGAGGGGACAAAAUCAAAGAACUCCAAACAGCGUGCAGAAUGCUUGGAAGAGCUUGGAUGUCUGGUUGAAUCAUAUGGCAUGAAUGUAUGCCAGCCAACUCCAGGGAAAGCCUUAAAAGAAAUGGCAACCCACAUUGGUGACCGGGACAACACUGUGCGCAACGCUGCGCUCAACACCAUCGUGACUGUCUACAAUGUCCAUGGCGACCAAGUGUUCAAGCUGAUUGGAAAUCUUUCAGAGAAAGACAUGAGCAUGCUGGAGGAAAGAAUAAAGCGGUCAGCCAAGAGACCCUCUUCUGCUCCAGUGAGACAGGCAGAGGAGAAACCUCCACGUACUCAGAGCAUCAGUGCCAAUGCCAGCAUGAUGCGCAAGGGGCAAGCUGAGGACAUGUCCUCCAAACUCAACCAAAAUCGCAACAUGGGCAGCCACUCAGAGACAACACAUACUGUUCCACGGGAAUUUCAGCUGGAUCUUGAUGAAAUUGAAAAUGACAAUGGAACCGUCAGAUGUGAGAUGCCAGCACUUGUACAGCACAAACUAGAUGACAUCUUUGAGCCAGUCUUGAUUCCUGAGCCCAAAAUCCGUGCUGUGUCCCCACACUUUGAUGACAUGCACAGUAAUACAGCUUCUACUAUCAACUUUGUCAUUUCCCAAGUGGCCAGUGGCGAUAUAAAUACAAGCAUCCAGGCUCUGACACAGAUUGACGAGGUACUCAAACAGGAGGACAAAGCAGAAGCUAUGUCUGGCCACAUUGAUCAAUUCCUAAUAGCCACAUUUAUGCAGCUCCGGUUAAUCUACAAUACACACAUGGCAGAUGAGAAGCUUGACAAAGAGGAGAUUGUCAGACUUUACAGCUGUAUUAUUGGGAGCAUGAUCACGCUAUUUCAGAUAGAGAGUCUGGCUCGAGAGGCAUCCACUGGUGUGCUUAAAGACCUAAUGCAUGGUCUUAUUACAUUAAUGCUGGAUUCUCGGGUUGAAGAUCUUGAAGAGGGUGAGCAGGUCAUCCGAUCAGUCAACCUCUUGGUAGUUAAAGUUCUGGAGAAGUCUGACCAGACCAACAUCUUGAGUGCUCUGCUUGUCCUGCUCCAAGACAGUCUUCUAGCAACAGCCAGCUCUCCUAAGUUUUCAGAACUUGUCAUGAAGUGUCUGUGGAGAAUGGUGCGUCUUCUUCCGGAAACCAUCAAUAACAUCAAUCUGGAUCGGAUCCUGCUGGAUAUCCACAUUUUCAUGAAGGUCUUUCCCAAAGAGAAGCUGAAGCAAUGUAAGAGUGAGUUCCCUAUUAGGACACUGAAGACACUCCUUCACACCCUGUGCAAGCUGAAAGGGCCCAAGAUCUUAGAUCAUUUAACAAUGAUAGACAACAAAAAUGAGUCUGAGCUAGAAGCUCACCUUUGCAGACUAAUGAAACACACUAUGGAACAGACUGGAAAAGCUGAUAAGGAUACAGAAAAAGGAGCUUCUCGCAUAGAGGAAAAGGCUUCGAAAGCCAAAGUCAAUGAUAUUUUGGCAGAAAUAUUUAAGAAGAUUGGCUCAAAGGAGAACACCAAGGAGGGUCUGGCAGAACUAUAUGAAUACAAAAAGAAGUAUUCUGAUGCGGACAUUGAGCCCUUCCUGAAAAAUUCCUCACAGUUCUUCCAAAGCUAUGUGGAAAGAGGCCUCCGACUGAUAGAAACAGAACGGGAAGGGAAAGGACGCAUUGCUACUUCUACAGGAAUUUCUUCUCAGAUGGAAGGAACAUGUGUUCCUGCGUCUACCCACACUGUAUCUUCAUCGAUAGGAAACACAAAUGGGGAGGAAGUGGGGCCUUCAGUUUACUUGGAAAGAUUAAAAAUCCUCAGGCAGCGUUGUGGCCUCGACAAUGCAAAGCAGGAAGACAGACCCCCUCUGACAUCUCUGCUCUCUAAACCAACACUCCCUACAGUUGCAUCCUCUACAGAUAUGCUUCACAGUAAGCUCUCCCAGCUGCGUGAGUCCCGGGAGCAGUACCAACAUCUGGACCUGGACUCCAAUCAGACUCAUUCCUCUGGCAUUGGCACUACCCUGGCUUCACCCUCUUCUGCAGCGGCCAAUAUUGAUGACUUGAAAAAAAGAUUGGAGAGAAUAAAAAGCAGUCGCAAAUAGAGAUGCAAAGAGACGGUAUCGCUGUUGCUUGGGGCUGUCUUCAGCUUUAGUUUACUAAACUAGAAGUCUUCAUAGUUAAAUGGCCUCAUUUAGGCCUAAUGUAUACAAACUGGUUUAUGUAUAAUACAGUGGAUUUUGGGGGGUUGAGUUAUUGUGGCACAAGUAUUUGUACAUAAUCUGCUUCUCAAUGAGCAUCUCUUUGACAAUAGAAGGCUGUCUGUGUAUUAGUUUUAGUGUACAGACCUGUAAACAACCAUCCUCUUGCUCGGACUAGUUUCUCAUGACUUGGGGUUUUUAUUUGUAAAGUUGUCUUUAAAAUCUUUUCCUAGUUCUUAACUCUUAGAAGACCUUUAGUGAUUUCACUUUUAAUUUUGUGAAUUCUUCUCCAUGUAAUCCUUGAACUGUUGAUUCUGUAUGGACACAUGGCAUGAAGUAACUAAUUUAAGUGUCUUUUGUAAAUAAAGUUUGCAUUAACUAUA